AUGGAUGAAACAAGAAAGAAAAAACACGUUAGAGAACCACCUUCAGUUCCUUUCAUCUGGGAAGUAAAGCCAGGCAUUCCUAAGAAAGAUUGGAAGCCACAGAUAUCUUCAGUUGACCAGUUCCCUAAAACUCCACUCAAACAAAUAGCCUCAGUUCCCUUUGUUUGGGAAGAAAAACCUGGAAAACCCCUUCCUAAAUUCUCACAUGUAUCAGUAGAUCAUGUGCCUCCAAAACCACACAAAAUACUUAUUCAUGUAGCAUCAUCUUCAGGAUACUCUAUUGCAUGCAACUAUGGCCAUGAUGAUGACAAACAUAAAGAAAGCAGCAUUGAGAAUGUUCACCAGGGUGGAAGCUACAAUAAUGACAGUGAAAGCAUAACUAGCUUGGACUUUGAAGCAUUUAGUUUUGAUGCUGACGAAUCAUUCAGCUCAGUUCCCUCAUUACUUGCAAAUUGUCUUGUGUCAUCAACAAAAAUUGCAACAGCUAUUCCACUGCAGAAAAAUUCAUUGUGUAAACGUAACAGUGACCAUCUCGAAACUCCAUCUUCCCCAGCUUCCUCAGAGACAGAUAGUAGCACAAGUAGUUAUGCAACUGGCAGGUCAAGUCCAAUUGGUGCCACUUUCCUUGAAUGCCUCUUUCCUUUGUAUCCACCUAAGUCUGGCUUCCUUGAAAGGGAUGAGCACUUAGAACAGGUGUCUUCAAGUCUGGCUUCCUCGAAAGAUUUUGAUCAUGAAGAUUGUGUCAGUGACAUGGUUAGGAGGCCACCAACACUUGGAGAGCUAAUUAUGAUGAGUAGAAGAAGCUACGGAAGAAAAGCAGUUCAAAUGAAAAAAUGGGAUCCACCAAAGAAAAUCACAAGAAAGCAAGCUUUUGGAUGCUUCUCCAGUGUAACCAGCAGCCAUAUGAUUGAAGCAUUGCUGAAGAGAAAGUACUUCCCUAGACUGAAAAUGGCCUGGUCAGAGUAAUGAUGUAGU